AUGUCGUUGAUCGAGGGCGUCGGUGACGAGGUGACGCUGGUGCUGGCGGUGCUGGCGGCAGCGGUGGUGCUACUGCUGGCCUGGACCUCCACCCGAACCUCAGAGCAUCCGCGGGCACCAGUACCUCCCGCCGCCACCGCCCCUCCUCCGACCGCCUCGAGCCCGGACUCUGUCCCAGCCGCCGAAGCCCCGCCCCGAGUUGACGACAAGAGCGACGAGGCGGCGGUGAGCGACGACUCUGAGAGGAACAUGGUGGUCCGACUCAAGUUUCUUAACGACACAGAGAGGACUGCGCACGUCAAACCUCAAGACACCGUCGGAUACAUUAAAAGGACGUACUUCUCGGGGCAGGAGCGCCACGUCCGCCUUAUCUACCAAGGUCAGCUCUUACGGGAUGACGGCGCCACGCUGGAAGCGCUCCACCUGUCGCACAACUGCGUGCUGCACUGCCACAUCUCACAGCACGCGGCGGCGGCGGCGGGCACAGAAGGCGGCGCGGCGGCGGCCGAGCAGGUCCAGGUGGCGCUCAACGUGGGCGGCCUGAUGGUGCCGCUGCUGGUGCUGAUGCUAGCCGUGCUGUGGUAUUGCCAAAUCCAGUACCGCCACCUUUUCACGGCCCCGGCGUCGGCGUCGCUGCUGGGCGUCACCGUCUUCCUCAGCCUGCUGGCCUUCGGAAUCUACCGUCGCUAG